ACACAUAUUGCAUUUUUUUUUUGUCUCAAAACUAAAAAAAAAAAAUCUUCUUCAUAUCAAUGGUGCAAGGAUCUAAAUUAAAGAAGCCAGGAAAGCCUAAACAAAAAGGUGGAAGAGAAAAAAAGGGUAUUACAAAAAAAGGAGCUAGAACAAUUGCACCCAAGAAAGCUUCUUUAAUAAAACAACAAGCAAUGAAUAAGAAAUUAACAGCUGAGAUUAAUAAAAACAUUGAAAGACAAAUGGCUGUCAAAGCUGAUGCUGUGGGUAAACUUACAAUUAUGAAGAAAUUAGCUGAUGAAAAGCUUGCUGAUGACAAAUCUAAAAAGAAGAAAUAAUACCAUGUACAUAAAUAUAUAUUUACUUUAUACAUCACUUGCAUUACAUGAAAAAUAAACUUAAUAGUCUGUAUUGUCUAUGCAAAAAAAAAAAAGUGCUGUAG